UGGUCAGCACACUUUUAUCACUUGACGAUCGGCUCGUGCAUCGUUGCUACUGCUGCUGCUUUUGUAAGUCUUGAGCUGAACGAAAGGCGCGCGCCCUCAGAUUUGGGUGAAAUUUGGAUAGAAGGCGGUUUAUCAUUUGGUGGAAAUUGCUUUGCGAAGGACGACGACAAAGCCGAGAAGAAAUCUCUAGAGUGCGAGUGGUUUUUUUUAAGUGGACUAGAAUUUUUAUGUUUUCAUUAUUGCGGAGACAAUUUUCGUAAGAGAGACACCAGAGGAGUUAGAGCCGUGGACAGUGCAGAGGAAAAUGUGUCGAUGAAGUGUUUGUUUACAAAACAAUGUCUUGAUGAAGCGGGUUUUGGCUGCUGUGGCCCAUAUGUGAGCGAAGCGGUUGGAGAAGAAGCGAAUUAUUGUGUUAAGUGCCUUUCUCUAAUUUAUGAUUAACAUUUGAAAUAGUUGGAAGAUAACUGACGUUGAAGAGUGCUGUUGCGGCUUGAAAGAAGAGAGUAGAUGUUAGCGAAGAGAAGCUGAAAAGACCUGGAUGUAAAUCAUGAAGUCGCAAGUGGUCGUGAUUGUAACGGUGGUGCUGGCAGUGAUGGUGCCGGUGAUUAGGUCCAUCUCGUACUGCCCCAACAGUUGUACGUGUGACGACGAGAAGCUGCACGUGACGUGUGGCGAAGGGACAUUGGAUGUUCUGCCAAUUGCAUUGAAUCCUUCGAUUCGCCGGUUGGUCAUCAAGUUCCACAAGAUUCGGUCGGUUGAUACGUCGAUUCAGUUCUACACCGAACUGACCAUGCUUGAUCUGAGCUACAAUCAUCUGUUGAACAUUCCGGAGACGAUCUUUAUGUAUCAAACAAAGCUACUGCAGCUGCAUUUGAACAACAACAAGAUUGGAGCGCUGAGCAAUAAAACGUUCGAAGGAAUGACGGAGCUGAGGGUGUUGAAUCUACGAGGGAACUUCAUCGAUCAGAUUACCAGUGAAAUGUUCAAAGUGCUACCAAAGCUGGAGGAGUUGAAUCUCGGGGGUAAUCGGAUCGGCCAGUUGGAUCCGGAGGCUUUCGAAGGUUUAGGUGAACUACGGGUGUUAUACUUGGAUGAUAACGCAAUCAAAACCAUUCCAACGCUUUCUUUAACUCCGUUGAAGACUUUGGCGGAGCUUUACAUGGGAACUAACUCCCUAUACAAGAUCCAACCAGGAGCGUUCGAAGGACUGCAGUCACUGAGAAGAUUGGAUAUCCACGGUUCAAUGUUGGUAAACAUUACGAUCGAUACGUUCCGAGGAUUGGAGAACAUUCGCUCUCUGGAUCUGUCGGAUAACCACCUGCUUAAGGUUCCAACAGUCCAGAUGAGCGCUCUCAAGCGCCUGGAAGAUUUAGUCAUCGGUCAAAACGACUUUGACGUAGUUCCCGAAGGAGCCUUUUUCGGCCUAAGUAAUCUCAAGAGCAUUGACAUCUCCGGUGCAUUGAAUCUUAAGUGCAUCCAGUCGGGAGCAUUUUCAGCCAAUCCCAAUCUGGAAUCGAUCACCAUCGCUUCCAAUAAGGAACUCCUAGAACUGGACGAGGGAGCCUUCUCCGGAUUGCCACAUAUCAAAAAGGUUAUCCUUCGGGAUAACAAAAUUUCCACCUUCCGAGAAGAACUGCUGCCCUGGAAACACCUAACCGAAUUUGACGUCUCAGAAAACCCACUUAGCUGUGAUUGUCAAAUGUUGUGGCUUCGAAAUCUGCUGCACCGGAAGAACAUCGAAACCGAUGAAGCUCAAAUUGUGUGUGUCUUCCCCGAUCGACUACAUGGUGAGCCUCUACGGGAAAUCUCUGCCGAAAUGCUCGGUUGCAAGCAUCUCCAAUCCAAGGAACGUGCAAUUUUUGGCGCCAUCAUUGUUGCCUCUGCUGCCACUGUCACAACCUUCGUUCUGAUCGUCUACCGACUGCGGCAUCGAAUCCUGGAAACGUUUCGGCGCCACUGGCGAGCCAGUAAGCGGGACACCCUCCAAGAGGAAAAGGACAUGGAGAUCCAAAAGACGCUCGGUGAAGGCGACUGUCAUCAGCCUCAUUGCAACAUCUACACCUACAACUACCACCCGGUGUUCAGGAACCAUCAGCACCCCUCGUCCCUGUACGCCGGGGGUCAAUACUCUCUCCCGUUUCCCCGCUACCAGUCCCACGGAGGAACUCCACAGCCGCAGUCCCAGCAGUUUCAUCAACAGCAGAUGCAACCACUGCCUCAAACGCCGGCGUCCAGCUCGUCGACGACCUCUACCCUGGUCAUGCCGAGCCAACCGGGCCAGAGCGCGACCAUCUACUCACCGCAGUACGCCCAUCACAUAUACGAAGUUCCGAAGAACGUUUCGGACACUUAGGCAAACGCAGGUAGACUUUAUUCCCUACAAUUGUUUCGUUUGAUAAGACGCACCCACACACUCACAGACUCAGAUCCCUUGAUUGUUACUAGUGGUGUAGAUUAAGCGCAUUAAGAAGAUGUAUAAAUUUAUUGACUAAUAUAUGGAGUGCCCGAGGACGAAUGCAAGUGAGGACGAACUUUGUGGAGCAAAACGAGUCAUAUCGAGAAUUUUUCCGGCAGUAUUCAUCACCUUAGUCUUAAAGUCACAAACUCACACCCACACACACA